UGGAGACAGGAUGAAACUGACGGGGUGUUUUUGGGAGGAAAGUGCCCCUGGGGUGUCAUUACCUGGCGGCUUUCCGGGGUGUAUCAUCACCAGAACCGUUUAUUUAAGGAAAAAAAUGGAGUGUAUUUCAAUUUUCUCAAUGCCAGAGGAUUAUGGACCAUUACAAUAACGACCGGCGGUUUCACGGUUUGGAUAACUGCCUCCGUACUCUGUUUUUCUUCUCCGUCGUUUUAACCUUAUUUACUCUUGUCAACACAUUUUCUACGCAGACGUGUCAAACAUUUCUCUCUCUUAAAAUGUUGAAUUUAGCGCUUCCCGGACGUGAAGGAUAUUCGUGGCACGUCAUUUUUGUUUGUUUUUGGACAUGAGGGUGUAAGGUGCACAAACCUGUGGACGGAGACAGUAUGAUACAAUAUCUUGACAUAAGCGUUAUUUUCUGUGUUACGCUCUAUUGCGCAUGCCUAGUGGUAGAUACAGAACGCUGCCCGACGCCACUUCACUCCGUCCUGGCCGUGAUGUAGGAGCAAAAGUGAAGGGAGCCGAGGACUAAAUAAUGCGUUGGCAAAGUGGCAGCGUGGCAACUAAAGGAUUCGUCUUUAGGUCCUUCGCAAAACGAGAUUGUGCCAUAAACUGAAGAAUGUCAGGGACACCAAAUGCAGAGGCUGAAGGAGUAGUCUCCAAAGUGCAAGUGAAAAAGGAGAUCAAGACAAUCGUGGAGAAUUUGGAAACCAUCCUGGGAGACCUCAAGGAUGUAGCCAAAGAGCUCAAAGAGGUUGUUCAUGACAUCGACACCCUGACUGGCGACCUGCAGCUGGAAGAGGACGGACUGACAGACAGCUCCAAGACGGACACGCUCAACUCCAGCUCGAGCUCCACCACCACUACUACCACCGCUUCCAGCCUGGAGAAGAUGAAGCUCUUCCCUGAUGACUGUAUCUUCAAACUACCUGCACCCAUCGCCCCGGCCCCGGUCCACCCUCAUGCAGUCCUGACUGUACUCAAGAAACCCCACCCUCCCCUACCCCCACCCAGACUCACCCCGCUGAGGGCCGAGGAGCACAACAUUAAGAAUCUGCCUCAUCCAACAUUAGUGUUGUCAGGGAAUAUAUCCAAGGCUGCCGGGUCUGUAAUGAGGAAUGGCGGCGUUUUUCCGUUGAAACCAAACAGGGAUUUAUUCUCCUCCACGCCAUGUUUCAUUUCUAAUGACGGAAUCUCUGUCGGUCUUGUACCUACAUUACCCAGACCCAUGCCUCUUCUGCGCCACGAAAAGAACAAAUGCCCCAAGGCCCCUGGCAGGGAAUCUCGUGAAAGGGAACGUGUGCGUUUUAGUGAGAAGGUCCAGUACCACGGCUAUUGCCCAGACUGUGACCUUCAAUAUGACGUGGACGACACAGAACUUCACAUACAGGCCGAGCUCAACGACUUGAGGCUCAGUCCAGUGCACUGCUGCUCUUCUUCCCCUCCUCCUCCAUCUCACGCUCUUCCUCAUGAACUGAUGUUGGAAAACGGGGGCCUCCCAAUGAGCCACAGUUUCCCCCCAACAACGAACACUCCUCUGCCUUGUGUGCCUCCUCACCCGCCUUCCCUAAAGCCCCAGAAAACAAUCCUUCGUAAAUCAACCACUACCACGGUUUGACGCAGAACCACUUGUUCCGUCUACCUUAAACAUUUUUGAAUCAUUCAUAGUGUUUUCCACUUUAUGAGUGCUUUCUACUCCAGCUGAACUUUGGAUUUCCAAACAGAGGGGGAAGAGUUGGAAAAUAGGAAACAAAAGGAUGGAUAAAAAAGAAUGAAACAGAGACAAAGCCAUCGCAGCGGGCACUGAGAAGAACACAGGGAGAUCGAGAAGAAGCGGGCCCAUUGAGAUACAAGAGAAGGGACGCUUGUUUCAUACACCUUUCGGCCCUGGUUGAUUUGAGGUGGGAGGACCCGGAGCGGAGGCCAAUCAUCCACCUUUUUUUAUUUAUUUUUUUACACAAAGCAUAAAUAACUCUCAGCCACCAGGAGAUCAUCCAAACAAAUUCCUAUUUUGACUUUGAGCGCUGAGUGCUUUAGUGUGCAGGAGCAAUGUUACUGUGAAUCUAGUUUAGGAGAAAGGGCAGUCACUAAGUGUCAGAACAUACAGUUAGGAGAUAUUAAGAGUUGUGGAGGUGAUAUUUUUGUUUCAUAAAAAUCAUUGAAUUAAUGAUUGGAAUGCUGCUGAAACCCUAUCAUCAAAAGUAAAGAGGCACGUUUAGGUGGAGGUAGAGGAUGGGGUGAAAUGAAGUCAGCCAGUAUUUCAUUGAUGUCUUUUGCUCUGUGCAUACUCAGAUGGAAAUCAAUAGCUCCACUCAACCAAUGGAAUUUGCCUUUUAAGAAUUGUAAUUGUUUGUGUCUGGAGAGCCCGCCAGCUCUGCCUGGGAGCAACAUGCUGCUCUGCUGGACUGCAGAUAAGGAGAAAACAAUACAUUGUGCCAUACGCACAAUAACAGUCUUUUUUUUUUUCUUUUUCUGAAAGACUAAUGGUUUGAAAAGAAUGGUGAUGUGGUCACUGAUCUGUGUCCAGACAUUAUCUCCAUCAUACAUCAAAAUCUUUGUGCUCAACUGGCGACAUGCAAGCUAUGUAUUGUUUUUUUUUUUUUUUUUUUUUUUUGCAGAGAUACAGUACAGUGGCAUAGUUACAGCUUUAAAGGGUCAUUGAAGAAGUAAUAAUUUGCAUCAAAUUUUCUUUGUAUACAAACACAUAUGUACAUGUUUGAUAUCUCUAUAUUUCAGGCAUUUUUAUACAGAGACUUUAACAUUUAAAGAGAUGAUAUUUUUGAUAUUGUGUUGGAUAACUGAGGUAUCUUGACGAAAGCUGACAUUCCUUAGAAGUACUUUGUUUUCAGCAGGGCAUAGCAGGAGGAGUUAUUUAUCUGAAUAUUAAAGGGAUGGUGCCCCUGAAGUCCCAAAAAUAAAAAUAAAAAUAAGACAAAUCUGUGCACAAGUUAAUAUCUUGUGUACACAAAGUAAUUAUCUUGUGCGCAAAAGUUAGAUUAUUACUUGUGAGAACAUCAUAAAUUCCUCGUGUGCACAAUAUAUUGUGUUGUGUGCAAAAGAUGUUCAUGUUGUGCGCGCACCUUCUUUUCUUUUACUUUUUGGGAUUUCAUGGGAUGGUGUUUGUAGGGAUGAAAAAUAAGUGCUCGAGUAUUAUCACUUUCAAGAACUUUGAGAGUGGGCCGUGUUGUGAGAAAGAAACUGUAAAGCGAAGGAGAUAAAAGGCGUUAACCAAAUACCUAGUUGUGCUUUAUCAGACAGAGAGGCAUGGAACUGAAUGAACGCACGACUGACUCUUCACUUUGUCCUGCCAUCACUGUGUUUUUCUAUGCAUUUCCGUGGAGAGGCUGCCUUUUUUUGAGGCUCCAACAUGCAGGUAGCUGUGCUCUCCUUGAUACACAGUUAAGAAGUAUCCCAUGUUAAUUCCUCAAAUGAUGUCGGUCAGGUUAUUUCUGGAGCCACUACUUGGCAAAUAUCCUGAGUUUUAUAAUAUUGCUUAGGACAAUGAAUAAUUGGUAAUAAGAAAAAUGUCAUAUUGUUUUAGUGAAGCACUUGUCAAACCCAGAGUCAACAUGACAAAUGGAGAAAAAACAAAUAUAAAGGGCAGAAUAUUAAUCUAUGUAGGGGAACACAUUUCCAUAGGGCAUUUUUGGAUCAAUAAAAGGGUGAGAAAUAAAUAAAGAAAUACACACAGCCUCUCUCCACAUUCAGACUGGAGGCACCACACUUGUAAACUCCACUUCCUUGUUCUCACUGGACACAGAAACUGAAUUCAUUAACAAACAAAAAAAAACUCUAGAUCAAAUAAGAAUCAGUUUUUAAGGUGACUGGAAUGUCAGUGGUAUUCUGUUGUGUGUCCACAAACUGUUGGAAAAUAACCUGUGAGAAGUAAAUACCUAACACUUGA